AUGACAAUAGAAGCAGUGCCUGAGCAGGAUAAAACUCAAAUCACAGGAAGGAAGCGACCUCCAGCACCAUUCCCACAGAGAUUGGCCAAAUAUCAAAAGGAUGAGCAAUAUAAGAAAUUCAUGGAGAUGGUGAAACAAAUCCAGGCGAACAUUCCACUGAUUGAUGCCUUGAAGGAGAUGCCCGGUUAUGCAAAAAUGAUGAAGGACUUGAUGUCUUGUAAGUUCGAUUUUCAAGACUUGGCCACUGUUACACUGACUCAGACAUGUAGUGUUGUUGUGACGAGACCCAUAGCUGAGAAGUUGUCCGACCCAGGAAGUUUCACAAUCCCAUGCACAAUAGGCAACUAUGCUUUUGCUAAAGCAUUGUGUGAUUUAGGGGCAAGCAUAAACUUGAUGCCCUUGGUUAUCUACAAAAGGUUAGGCAUUGGAAGAGCAAGACCCACAUCCAUGUUACUACAACUAGCCAACCGGACAGUGAAGAGGCCAUCAGGUAUCCUUGAUGAUGUACUAGUGCAGGUUGGAAAGUUUGUGUUUCCAGCGGAUUUUGUCAUUCUGGACUGCCGGGUUGACGAGGAGAUUCCCACAAUUUUGGGAAGACCAUUCUUGGAAACUGGGAGAGAUCUAAUUGAUUGUGAAACUGGAGAGCUAAAAAUGAGACUGAAUGAUUAA